AUGGCGUUAAUACAUACUUUCUGACCUUAAUCCAUGACCUUUCUGUGAAUUAUUGUUUGUUUUCUUCCUUUACCUUAACCGUGAAUUUCACCAAAUGUUACCAUGACGAAAUUGCAGCCUUACCCAUAAUUAUCCCGCUUUCGAAACUUUAUUUGAGCCUCUGGCAUUCAUGCGGAACUUUUCUCAUGCCAAAUAUGUCUUGGUCUGGCUCUAUAAACCUUGGGUAUGAACACUGAAACAAACAAUCUUAAAGAUACCUUAAUCAACUUUUGUCAAACUUUAUGUAUGGGCCAAACAUUCCAAAUGCAGGAUUAUCCUAAUAAGGUAUUGAGAUGCAGUGAGGUUUUAAGGCACACUUAAAUAAAUAAAUAAAUGGCCAUUAAACAGGCAGUGUAAAUGUUAUUUCUGGCUCUGUUCUACGAUUUUGCAUCAUUUGGUAUACGUAUUCAGUUUCUAUUAUGUAACUUGCUCAUUACAUAUGUAAAGUCCUGUAAAAUAUAUAUAAACUGUAGAAAAUGAACACGAAACAAAACAUAAACAAUCGGUAAAAUAUAAUCAGAAUUUGCCUUGCAUUGUAAUGUAACAACGCCCCACGUGCCAACCUUUGUGGCGACAGACGCAACUUAUCAGGACACAUUCUCUGCACCUCGAGGAUGAGUGCCCUGUUCUUCAUGUCCUGUUUCCACGGCAUGACGUAUCUCUGGGGCAUGAGAGGGUGGCGACUUGUGAACUUGGGCGUGUGCAUUUCCACAGAGCUUCGGAAGGAAAUUCACAACACACGCACACAAAGGAUUAACGAUGAAGCCAUACAAUGCUGCACCUGAAACACGUUUGCGGUGGAGCGGUGACGCAAAACCCUGGCAAAUCGUAUUUCCUUUGGAUUCCCAAAGCCACGACUGGCAUCAGUGUGCCGACAGGAUCUCGAGGCCAGUAACAGCACGAAUUGUACCACCUAACGUCAACAGCAACCGGCCCAUCGUGUAUAUGCCCAGCAUUAACCGUUCGUUCAUAAUCGAUCUCAAGCCCAUUCCAUCCUUAGCCCUUUGGGCUCAGAAUCCUCCUUGCAGGCCAAGCUCUUCGUCACAAAAACCAGCAGAAGAAAGGAUUUCAUAUGACGGUCCAUUUCAUGCUCUCAAACGUGGAUUCGACCCCGUGCACAGCCAACCUCCACUGCAGUCCUGGCCUCACGAAAGCCCAAUCCAUGGACUUUGGACAGCACAACCAUCAUUUUUCCCUUCACCUAACUUGGAAAGGCAGCAUAAUGAAAUGAAAAAGUUAGAAAUGAACCCCUACAACACAUCCCCUUGGAAUUCGAUGGGCCCAGCUUCCAGACCUCCUGCUGGAAAAGACUUUGUGUGCUGCCGUUACAAACUAUGGAGUGGAUGAGAAAUUGAUGCAGAAGAUAAAUACAUAAUAUUCCAAAAAUCAAAUGCUUCAAAUUUAGUACAUCGCAUUAUUUAUUACAAUUUCUAAAACACCUUUCUUUCAGAUGUUUUAUGACAUAUACAUGUAAAUGAACCAAAUCGUUAAAUACACACCAUCCAGGGUUGCCAUGAUAAUCUUUCACAAUACAAUUACAUCAAAUUUUACAAGGGUGAUUACCGCAAUAUCAGUUUCCCAUAACUAUGCAAUUGUAUUUCACACUGUUGUUGUGUUUUUCUGUACUUCUAGUAAUAGUUUCCCAUAACUAUGCAGUUGUAUUUCACACUGUUGUUUGUGCUUCGCUGUACUUCUAGUAUGACAAAAGAUUACUCUUAGGGUCCUUCAACUGCAGUUCCCUCAAUACAAGCAAAACUUAAAACUCAUGUGAUUACAACUUAUAAUGCUUACAAGGCAUAUGCUGUCAGCCACACAAUCUUUAAAUUAACUACAAAAUGUCUUAAUCGCCAUGCCAUGAAUUACAGGGAAAAUUCGUUUGUAAAAUCUCUAACUGGAUAAUAGCUAUUUAUCA